UCCAUUGCGAUAAAAUCGUGAUAGAUAUUACCCAGUUUAGACAGUACCUGCUCGGGUCACCAACCAUAACACAGAAUUCGAUUCAUAUCACCUGCUUCCGAAGUUAGCCGUGUUAUAAAUAAUUUUGCUAGGGGAUAUGAAUGCUCAUAAACCUUGCCCUGAUAUUACGCUAAUUUUUAACGGUUUUCUUUUGUUUUUGCUGAGUCAUUUAUUACGCGGCACCGAGACUUCGCGUUCAGUCUCUAAAUUUUUACGAUAGGGCAACAUUGUCGUUUUCACUUAUUGAAGAGAUGACCAACUUUACUGAACAAAGGCAGCCCACAACAACGCAGGAUUUUUGUGAAGCUGAUGAACUCGAAGAAUUUCAUUACAUAGUUCUUGCAUCAGUCAACAUUUUCCUUUCCGUCGCUGCAACUUUAGGGAAUGUCCUGAUCCUCUUCGCUCUUCACAAGGAGUCUUCGCUGCAUCCGCCGUCCAAGCUCUUGCUUCGUUGCCUUGCAAUUACAGAUCUCUGCGUUGGUUUGAUAUCUCACCCGAUGUUUGCCGCACAGUUGCUAUUCAAGAUGUACGAAGUGCGAAAUUUGUGCUCGCCCUUUAAUAUCUCGGAAAGCCUCCUCAGCGUAAUUUUUGGUGGAGUGUCUUUGUUGACAGUAACAGCUGUGAGUGUGGACAGACUUCUUGCGCUGAAACUGGGCCUGCGAUACAGACACACUGUAACAAUAACACGAGUUGGUUCAGUUUUAACCUGCUUCUGCGUUGUGGCUAUUGCAGUCGCUUUCGCAGAACGUUUUUGGAAUUUCGAAAUUUUCACCAACGUGAAGACCGGAGUAAUAGGGCUGUGUUUAAUAACUUCAUUUUUUUGUUACGCGAAGAUCUUCAUUCGUCUGCACCGUCACCAAGUGCAAAUGACAGCCAACUCCUGGCAGCCAAACGGAGAAGGAACUCCUUUGAACAUUGUUCGAUACCGUAAGACAGUUUCUGCAGCACUCUGGAUCCAAAUAACAUUAGUUGCAUGUUAUCUCCCGAGAGCUUUCACUUACACUUUUAGAUCGGCAGCUUUUGCUGGGGAGCUGUACACAGGCACACUUGUGCUCUUCAAUUCCAGUCUCAACCCGUUUCUUUACUGUUGGAAGAUCAAAGAAGUGAGACAAGCAGUGAAAGACACUGUCAAACGAUGUUGCUCCUCCAGUUAGACAAAGUAUUAUUCGGGUGUGUACCAAAAUGGCUGUAUAUUAAAGCUAAUUUAGGGACGGGGAGGGCGGGUGUGUAGGAGUUUUGGGGUUCACAUGGUUUCGUGGGGUUUUAUAUCGAAACAGUCGCCAAGCAUAUAUUCUUUAGGGAUUCGAUGCUUCUAUUUUUUCUUUUACUAAAUUGCGUUUCCUUAGAAUCAGAUUAACAAUUAUUCCUAAACUCCUCUUGGGGUAUGGAAUUCUGGAUUCAGAAGACUUUUUUGUAACGCAACCUCAGAUUCAAAUAUUUUAAAAAGAGCACACUUCGAGAGAAAAUCUUAAACCUAAAUAGUCUCAAUAGCCAAUCGUUGUGUCGCACCAAUGCGACGAAAUGUGUUCAACUUUUCCUUUUUCAGCACCGAUUUUAUUAGGAAUUUUUGGCGCACAACUCUGUCCUUUCCGAGAAUAACCAAAGAGAAUCAGUGACGAUUGUAUCAAUUUAGUUACUUUAGAUCAGAUAGAAAUACUGACUGGGUCAGUACAGUGAAUGAGGAAGGUCUUUGACGAAUAGGUUGAGGAUGUACUUUAAAAAAAUUGCACAUGGUGAAAACUCAUGGGAAAUAAUUUAGCUUUACUUCAAAAUCAGAUAGGAGAAUAAAUAUUUCGGAAACCACUUCUUACCUACAUAUCUCGAGUUCAGUUACCUAAAAACCGCAAAGGCUUUAUUUCUUACGACUGGUUACGACGUUUUAAACCUUGUUAAGAAGUCUCUUCGAUAUACGAAUAAGACCUUGCGCUGUUUAUCAAAAUAAAUAUAUUUACACAUUACCAGUUCUGAGAUACAAGUUGAUAAGUACACACUGUUGUUCCGUUGAAACUGUAGACAAAAACUGUACAAACUUGUGUUUUACUUUUUAGACAGUUUAGCUGAAUAAAUAUAUGAGUAUUUUU